AUGUUUACUACUUUUAACUUAGAAUAUACUUAUUUAAUAGAUCCAAAAUUAUUAAAUAAUCAAAUUAUUACAUAUUUCGAAACGAAUAAAUUAUGGACACUACAGUCAUCAAAUAAAUUAAAUUACAAAAUUAUAGACAACUUUGAAAAACUUCAGUCAAUAUUUAACGAAAUUAACACAAAUUAUGCAAAUUCAAUUAAGUUGCAAAUUACAAAUAAAUCAAUCAAUGUAAGAAUAGAAGGUUCUUCAUCUUUCAUUAAUAAUUCAAAGUUGCAAAUCUUAAAGCAGUUCAAUGUUGUCAAUUUUAAGACCUUAUAUAUUUCAAAUGCCGAGUUCAUGAAAAUAAAUGAAUUGUUCACUUCUGAAUUAGCUAAAUUAAGUUCAAGAUUCAAUGUUGAUAUAAUUAUAAACAAUUCUAAAAUGAAUAGUAGUUCUAUCUUAGAUAAUUUUUAUGCUGUCCACAUAUUAGGAAAUCAAGAUAAUAUAAAUAAAUGUGAAUUAGAGUUACGAAUACUAAUCGAUUAUUAUUUAAAUGAUUUUUAUAUCGAUUGUUUCAAUGUUGAAUUAUCCAUGAUUCCAAUAUUAGGAGGUAUUGAUUUAUUCAAUUUUAAUCAAAUUUCAAAACAGACAAAAUGUAACAUUUACAUACCUGAUUUACUUUCAAAUAUAUACAAUUCGAGGAUCGUGAAAAAUACUAAAUAUUGUCAAAUUUGGUUCACGCUGAAACAUUUAACUGAUAUAUUACUAAUCAAACAUAUAAUUAGUAAAUUAUUUGAAAUUAAACAUGAGCUAAUUAUAAAAGAAGUUACAGUAACGGAGAAAUUAGAAUUAAUUAUAUUGAAUAAUCAAAAAGAUAUUAUGAAUUUAAUGUUUAAAUAUGGUGUGUUUAUACAAUUGCCAAACUUAGGCGAUACUGAGAGUAGUAUUAUUGUACAAGGUUGCUCACAAGAUUUGAUUGAUGAUUGUAUAAAUGAGUUAAUUUUACUAACUACACAAUAUUAUAAACUUGAAGGAAUGGGAACAGUAUGUGAGAAUUCGAUUGUUGGUAAAUCAUGUAUUUUAAGUCAAGAUGGAGAUCGAGUUCAAAUAAUUGGUUCCCGAGAAGAUAUUAAAUUUUUAAUCAGUUCAAAUUCAAUCAUCCUUUCUAAUCCCAAAUUAACUCUCGAAUUAGGUCAAGAUCAAAAGGAUUUCAUUAGUGGUAAAAAAAAUGGUAAGAUUAUGAAAAUAUUAAAUCAAUUACAUAAUGUUCCUAGUAUCAAAUUCAAACCAUUUAAUGAAUUUAAUUUUAAUAUCAUUCUUGAAAGUUGUUCAAAUAAUAUUGUUCUUUAUAAUUUAUUAGAAUUGAUUGAAUUGGAAUUACCUAGUGAAUUAAAAUUCAACAUUCCAGAAGUAUUUCAUAAACUGAUUAUAGGUAAUGGUGGAUCUAUAAUUCAAUCAAUAAUGAAGAAAUAUAAUGUGUUUAUAAAAUUUGAAAGUGAGAGAAAACACAACAAAAUUACAAAUAUUUCAUUCAAAAGGAACAAUAAUGUCCUAAUUAAAUGUCCGAUGAAAAAUUCCAAGAAUAUAAACCUUGUAAAAUGUGAAAUAGAUCAAUUGGUUUAUAAAUGUUGUAUGAGUCAAAUUACAAAUGGUAUAACUACAAUUUAUAGCCUGAUAAAGUUUCAGUUAUUAAAGAGUCAUUAUUUGAUGUUGAUUAAUAAUAAUAAAUUGAAUUUAAUAUAUCGUAUUGAAGAUGAUUAUUCAACAUUUAUAAAUUUCCCAACUAAUUUAAACGAAUUUAAUGACAAGAAUGAUUUAAUAAUAGAUAUAAAAGGAUCAGAAUCAAAGAUUAAAUAUUGUGCAAAGCAAUUGAAAAAUAUAUUGCCAUUAAAUUAUGAAUUUAAAAUAACCAUUAAUCAAUUGAAAUUUAAACAAUUAUUUGAAUUAAAUAAGCAAAAGUUUAUUGAUACGAUAAUAAUACCAUUUAAGAUCAUAUUCGGUAUUGAAGUUUUAAUUAACGAGGUUCCAAUAAACCAAAAUAAUUCCAGUUCUCAAGAUUUGAAUUAUCAUCAGAUUAUAAUUUCAUAUUUCAAAGAAGAAAAUAAUUAUUUAAAUAUUGCUAUUGAUUCUUUAACUCAUUUUCUUCGAGAUAAUGGUUUUUUAAUUUAUGAAAAGGGUGAAAUUGAAUUUAAUCCAUUAAUUGAACCAACUAUUAGUUCAUCUCCAGUAAAAAUUAACAACCAAACUUUUACAUCACCAAUGCCAUUAAGAUCAAUUACAAAUUUUGUUGAAUUAAACAACUUGUCACCUAAUAAGAAUAAAAUAAUUCAACAAACCUCACCAGUUAAAUUAUCACCUAUUAAAAUGAUGAAUUUGAUGCAAGGUCAAGCAACACCAAAUAAACAACAACAACAACAACAACAAAGUUAUAAUAUGUAUCAACUGCCUACUAAACAACAAUUAUAUAUGUCAUCACCUACUAAAUAUAAUAAUUUACAACUGCCAAUUAAGAAGAAACAAUUAUUACUGCCGGUUAAAUUAAAUUUGUCUCAAGUAUAUAAUAUAUAA